AUGGCUAUCCCCAGGGACAGCAGAAACGGGGAUGAUGAGUCUAUGAACACAGACUUAGCCCCUCCAUCUGUUGGGCCCAUCAGCUUCCCCCUUAUUGUUAAUGAACCAUCUCCGCAAGAAGGAGGCCCUGCUGAGACAGUGGAUAACGGAGCCGGUUCUAAUAAUGGUCACGGAGAGGAUCCCAAUCCCAACGGCGAUGUCUCUGCCGACGCUCCGGAGAACAAGAGUAGCAAAGACAAGAGGAGAGAGAAGAAGAAGGAGCUGAAGAAACAGAAGAGGAGAGAGAAGAGAAGAGAGAAAAGAAACGACAAGCAAGGAGACAGCCCUGAUUCGGUGCAGCUUGAAGCAGAGGACCUGCCAAGCCAGCAGGAAACCAACGAGGACGGCGAGCCCGAUGAUGCGCCUCCCGAUGAGCCGAAGAGGCAUUCGCAAGGCCCGCGAGCUGAGUUGAAGAAAAGAGUUAAGGAUUACUUCAAGGCCAUGUUGGACGGGCAGCGGAACGCAGAGCUGAGUGAGGGUUCGAUCACUGCCCGUGCGCGAGAGAAAGCCCCUCAGCCACCUGAGACAAUCUCCCCUCGUGGCCCAGCUGCCCUCUGUGCCAACAGUCCAAUGAACGACGGGCGUCGUAAGAAUGAGGACAAAGACGGACAAACGGACGGAGCGCAGCCACCGUAUGCCACAGUUUCAGAUGCCUCCAUACUGACCGCCACUAAAGAGAGACCGUGUGAUAGCCCAGCGUCGGCAGAUGUGCCCGAUGAACACACAAGGGGCCGGUCCCCGCCGCCACAAGUGGACGACGAACAAGGAGCUUCCAGUCCCGCGGAGGCCGCUCAAGUUCAGCUGCCUCCUCUCUGGGUCACCCCCCUCGAUGACGACGAACUCCGUUUCGCUCCUUUUUAUGACGAAGACUUCUCCAAGCCCACCGGAGAGUCUGCGGCGGAUAUCAACGCCCGGGACCAGAUCCGACGUUGUGAGCUACUUUUCGGGCGGCCCCUCACGGAGGAAGAGCGAGAGACUAUCCGGCUGCAGUACGCGGCCAUGGGCCAGCGCCAUGCCCCCAACGAGCAGAGCAAGCGAUCGGUGAUCCUACCCGCGCCUGCCAACGAGGCAGCCGCAGUCCUGGACACAACUGACGCCGUGUGUGACGCUCUCCGCAUCCGCAUCGCCGAGCUGGACAGCGAGAUUGACGGUCUUGGGUCCCGUCAGGAGGCGCUCGAAGACACCAAUGUUUCCAACCUGAUGCGACUGGAUGGGGCCAAGGCCGACAUUGAGCAGCUCAAACGGCAAAAGAGGGACCACGAGGCCAGAAUCGCGUCGCUCGCGAGCGAGCUGCAGGCCGUGAAAGCCGAUCUCAGGGUGCUCGAGGCCCGCAUCCAAACCCCCAUCGAGGAGUCCGACCCCGAGACAGCGGCGGCACACAACGAGCCCGCCCGAGACAACAACCAGCAGCAAGACGAACGCCCGCACCAGCCAGAACAGCAGCCCCGGCAAGCCGGCGGCUUUAUUAAUGUCUGGCUCUUCGUACUCGCGGCGUUCGUCCUUCACUGGGUAGUCACGACGGCAGUGCUGCAUAGCGCGCGCCUGACAGACGGCUACGGCCCGUUCAUCAACGGCGGGUACAACGGGCUAGCCAGCGUGCUCAUCUUUGGCUCGUGGUUCCAGGUUUUGGCAUUUUGCUUGGCCAUGGGCCACUUUUAUCAUGUCGCCCUGUCGGUUUUGCUGCCACGACGGUGA